CGUUUCAGCUGGCCAAUAAUAAGGGCUCGGACUGCUCAACCCGCCUGCUUAGUCACCACCCGCCUCGCUGGAAACCACAAAGUGUCCUGUCUGCGCACUAGGAAUAGGUAGGAGAAAGUGAUAGUCGACUUGAACGAUACAACACCCCAUCUUGCCAUUACUCUCGACUGCCAAUCUGCCUCUCUAUAAACCCGCUUUAUGAAUCGCAAUCGGUAACCUAUAAUCGUGACCUGUGCGCGGAGCUUAUACGUAGUAUACGGGUGGCUCCCGCCAACAUCAAAAUGCAGUCCGCUCCAAAUAUGCUGACGAAGUUCGAGUCCAAGUCGUCUCGAGCGAAGGGCAUCGCGUUCCAUCCGAAACGACCAUGGCUUCUAGUGUCUCUUCACUCCUCUACCAUCCAAUUAUGGGAUUAUCGCAUGGGCACUCUGAUAGACCGCUUUGAAGAGCAUGAUGGACCUGUUCGAGGCAUCGACUUUCAUAAAACGCAGCCCCUGUUCGUUUCCGGAGGGGAUGAUUAUAAGAUUAAGGUGUGGUCGUAUCAAACGCGUCGGUGCCUUUUUACGCUCAACGGCCACUUGGACUAUGUGCGAACAGUCUUCUUUCACCACGAGCUUCCUUGGAUUGUUUCAAGCUCCGACGACCAGACCAUUCGCAUUUGGAACUGGCAAAAUCGAUCAUUAAUUUGCACGAUGACCGGACACAACCACUAUGCCAUGUGUGCGCAAUUCCACCCCAAAGAAGACCUAAUUGUCUCCGCGUCCCUUGAUCAGUCGGUCAGAGUUUGGGAUAUAUCUGGCCUCCGGAAAAAGCACUCUGCGCCAACCUCGUCGUUGAGUUUCGACGAUCAGAUGGCUCGUGCAAAUGCCUCCCAAGCAGACAUGUUUGGAAAUACUGAUGCCGUCGUUAAAUUUGUUCUUGAGGGCCACGAUAGAGGUGUCAACUGGGUUGCAUUUCAUCCAACACUUCCGUUGAUUGUAUCUGCGGGUGAUGAUCGACUGGUGAAGCUUUGGAGAAUGAGCGAUACCAAAGCAUGGGAAGUGGACACUUGCCGGGGACACUUCCAGAAUGCGUCUGCUUGUUUAUUUCACCCGCACCAAGACCUAAUCCUCUCCGUGGGCGAAGACAAAACUAUCCGAGUCUGGGAUUUGAAUAAACGGACGUCAGUUCAAUCAUUUAAACGUGAUAUGGAUCGGUUCUGGGUCAUUGCUGCCCACCCCGAAAUAAAUCUCUUUGCUGCUGGGCAUGAUUCGGGUGUAAUGGUAUUUAAACUAGAGAGGGAACGGCCUGCCUCCGCCAUAUACCAAAACCAGCUCUUCUAUAUCACGAAAGAGAAACACUUGCGGUCUUAUGAUUUUACCAAGAAUGUGGAGUCUCCUCCAAUGAUAUCCCUGAAAAAGCUAGGCAGCCCAUGGGUCCCGCCGAGAACGCUCUCCUACAACCCGGCGGAACGAGCGAUUCUCGUCACUUCUCCUACCGAUGGCGGCACAUACGAACUUAUUCAUAUACCCAGAGAUUCUACAGGCGCUGUGGAACCAACGGACAGUAAAAGGGGUCAUGGGACAUCCGCCGUAUUUGUAGCACGGAAUCGAUUUGCAGUCUUCAGCCAGUCUUCUCAGCAAAUCGAGAUCAAGGACUUGAACAAUUCGACGACGAAGACAAUCAAGGCACCCCAUGGAACCACAGAUAUUUACUUCGGUGGAACGGGAGCCCUUCUUCUGAUCACUCCCACGACUGUUGGUCUUUUUGACAUCCAGCAGAAGAAGCAGCUUGCGGACCUAAGUGUUAGUGGCGUGAAAUAUGUGGUAUGGUCUAAUGACGGACUCUAUGCAGCCCUGUUAAGCAAGCAUAAUGUUACAAUUGUAACAAAAACGCUGGAGCAUGUUAGCACCCUGCAUGAGACCAUCCGCAUCAAGAGUGCCACAUGGGAUGAUGCGGGUGUAUUGCUGUACUCCACUCUCAACCAUAUCAAAUACUCGCUUCUGAAUGGUGACAACGGUAUUGUCCGCACUAUGGAUUCGACGGUUUACCUAGUUCGCGUAAAGGCAAGAAACGUUUAUUGUCUUGAUAGAACUGCCAAGCCGAUAAUCCUUGAAAUCGAUCCGACCGAGUAUCGGUUUAAACUAGCUCUCGUGAAGAGAAAUUACGAUGAAAUGUUACAAAUCAUCAAAACUUCGAGCCUUGUGGGCCAAAGCAUUAUCUCCUACCUUCAAAAGAAGGGAUACCCGGAGAUCGCUCUUCAAUUCGUUCAAGACCCCCAGACCCGCUUUGAACUUGCUCUUGAGUGCGGCAAUAUCGACGUAGCCAUCGACAUGGCGAAACAACUCGACCAUCCUAAGCUGUGGAACCGACUCGGGGUUGAAGCAUUGGCCCAUGGGAAUCACCAGACUGUUGAAAUGACAUACCAAAAGCAAAGGCUGUUUGACAAACUCUCUUUCCUCUACCUUACAACUGGCGAUAAAGAAAAGCUCACUCGCAUGGCCAAAAUCGCAGAGCACCGAGGAGACUUCACAUCACAAUUCCAGAAUGCCCUUUAUCUAGGUGACGUAGAGGGCCGGAUACAAAUGUUCAAGGAGAUUGAUCUUCUCCCUCUUGCAUACAUGACGGCAAAGUCCCAUGGUCUCGAAGAAGAAGCUGCGUCCAUUCUUGAGUCCUGCGGCCUCACUGAAGAAGAGGUCACCCUGCCAUCACUUGGCAAGCCAAUAACCCAGCUUCCACGAGCUAUUGUACCCACUUUCAAGUCGAACUGGCCUGUUAAAGCGGCGUCCCAUUCCUCAUUCGAAAAGGCUCUUCUUGGGGAGGUUGGCGAAGAUGUUGGCGCACCCAUCAAUGGAUACGAGGCGGAGGAAGGCGAGGAUGUUGGAGGACUUGGUCGUGAUGCAUUGGGUGAAGAACAUGACGAAGAAGAUGCUGCUGGAUGGGAUAUGGGCGAUGAAAUUAACGUUGAGGAUGUAGAAGACUUUGUCAACGUCGAGAGCGCUGUAGGCGGGGCUGGUGCCACUGAAGCGGAUAUAUGGGCGCGAAAUUCCCCUCUCGCGGCUGAUCAUGUCGCUGCCGGAUCCUUUGAAACUGCGAUGCAGUUACUCAACCGCCAGGUUGGUGUGGUGAACUUCGAACCUCUAAAAUCACGAUUCCUAGAAAUCUACCAAGCCACGAAGACGUAUCUGCCCGCCACAGCCGGAUUACCUCCACUCGUCAACUAUGUCAGGCGAACGGUUGAGGAAACAGAUUUCAGAAACGUCCUUCCUAUCAUCCCUCGGGACCUUGAGUCCGUUGCAAGCAUUGAUCUGCAGGAGGGAUACGCUGCAAUGAGAGCUAACAAACUUGAGGAUGGCGUGAAGAUCUUCCAACGCAUCCUCCACACCGUCCUCAUCAACGUCGUCUCAUCUGAGAGCGAAGUCGAGGAAGCGAAGAAGAUCAUCACCACUGCCCGGGAGUACAUACUCGCGAUGUCAAUUGAACUAGAGCGGCGGGCCAUCGGCACAGAUACCCCGGAAAACCUGAAACGAAGUCUCGAGCUAUCUGCCUAUUUCACUAUCCCGAAACUCCAAGUCGCCCACAGACAAUUCGCCCUUAGAGCAGCAAUGAAACUUGCAUUCUCAAAGCAAAACUUCUCAUCCGCCCUUAGCUUCGCCAACAGAAUGAUCGCUAACGGUGGCGUCGCCAAAUUCCUCGAUGAGGCCCGAAAAGUCAAAGCCCAAUGCGAGCGGAGCCCGCAAGAUAAGAUCGAUAUUGAAUUCGACCAGUUUGCCGAAUUUGACAUCUGCGCCGCAUCCUUCACUCCCAUCUACAGCGGCUCUCCUAGCGUCACAUGUCCGUUCACAGGCGCCAAGUAUCAUGAACAAUACAAGGGGUCCGUAUGUCGAGUUAGCCAAGUAACGGAAAUUGGAGCACCGGCGAGUGGUUUGCGACUAUUUGUUCCUGCGAAGUCUUAGAUUGUUCAUAUGGUUGAUUUGUACCGCCGGUUGGUUGUUUGAUUGAUCGAUUGAAUUUUCCCACAUUUAAUUUAUAUUAUUUAUUUUUUUCAACGUGACCUUCCUAUUCUUCCUCCCUUCUCCUUUUCCGAGAAAAAAGGAACGAAUAGUCUCUCGAAAAGCAAUCGAAUGAAUAGGGCAUGGGCCGCGUGGCUGCUUAAAGGUUUUAUCUUAUCCUCCCAUUCAUAUUUUUACUUUACUCAAGCGCUUUUUUUUGUCUCCUUUUUUCGACUUUGAAUGUUGAUUUUUCCUUCCGUUCAAUUUAUUCCCGUGAGAAAACAGCAGAGAGUGAAGUAUCAUAUUAUUUUUGCCUAUAAUAUUGUCUCAUAAAGCAUUUCAUCUUACAACUGGGUCUCAAGUGCGGGAGGGAAUUGAUAUCUUUAAGAACUCAUCACCUUGCCGUCUACCCAUUACAUGAGCCGCGAGGUAUAAAAUUCCUUUCUGAACGAGACUCACUGUACUCUGUAUACACACUGGGGAUUUAAGUCCCUUUUCACCUCAUACAUAGUAUCACAUUUAACACCCAGCAGAGUGAAAAUGAGAGCCACCAUAUUUUGUUGUAAGAUUUCCCCCUACGAGGCCUAUAAAUGCCAUGAUAACUUUAGAG